AUGCAAGAAUGUUUAGCGUCAAGUGCCGAUUCCUUGAUCCAAAAGAAAGCUGAGGUGCUCAAACGCUGUAAAUUGAAAGAUAGCCUGAAUAAGAAAUUGCAACAUCGUCCAGGACCGCUCGAAUUAGUGACAAAAAAGAUUCUCCAAGCUGAUGCCGAAUUAGAACAAGCCAUCCAAGAGGGUCGUGUUCUUUUCACGAAAACAUCUGAUUUUCCUGAGAGAGAUUGUCGCGUUCAGCACUCUCCAUGUUCAGAGAUGGAAAUUAUAUCGAACUUGUCCUCAUUUUCACCGAGUUCCACAUCGAAAUCUUCGUCAAAUCCGUGCAGCGUGAAAUCGAAAAUACGUAAGAAAACGCAUCAAUGUCGAACGCCUUAUCAACAAACCAUACCGUCCCCCAGCUCAACGAGAUCGAGCCUUAAGAGUAUCACAUCACCUAAGGUAACUUCCUGGCGUACCGAGAGCACUUCUACACAAAACGUUUUGCCGUUAGUGAGUGAAUCAGCGACUGAUUGUAAAUCGGAUGGCGAUUCAAAAGAAGUGCAGAGUAGCUAUGAUCUAUUGCUGCAACAACAACAACUUUUUUUACAGUGGCAAAAAGAAGUGGAAGAAGCUCGUAAUAAUAAUAGCAAUACCUCACAGGAAGGACAGAUGCGUAAUUCAUCGAAUGACGGAUGUUGUUCAGUGAAUGAUACGUCAACGCAAAUGCUGCAGACGAUAGGGAAUAGGAAUUUGAAUGGUGAAUAUAAUAAUAACAGUCCGUUGGAUAACAACGAUUCACGAGCACUCGUUUGUGAUCAUUCAACUGUUGAACAGUCAUUUGAUGCUAACAAUAUUACUAAUGCAUCAAAUGAAUUGUCGCCAACUAAUUCGACGACGAUCACAAGGGCAACAGUAGGAGUAAUAUCAAAUUCAGCAAUAGCUGCAGGUGAUAAACCAAAAAUGAAGUUAUCGGAUUAUCGGGUUCAAGAUCUCAAGAAUGAAUGCAAGAAGCGUCAGUUGCCAGUUUCUGGCGCAAAACCGCAACUUGUUGAGCGUUUGAAACCAUUCGAAGAAGCUAUAUUAUCGACAAAUUCAGCAGCAGAUGAGAACCAGGUGAAUACAGCCAGCACAAGCGCAACUCCGUCAACUGAAUGGUCGAACGGUUCGACGACAGCCGUAUGCCAUAGCAAUCGUUUACCACCAAUAAGUAAUGUCAUCAAUGAUUAUAUCCGACAUAAUGUCUCAUCUGCAUCCUCACAGUCCCAAGCUCAAAUCAAUACACAGCAAAUUCAACCUCUUCUUCUACAUGUACCCGGUGUAUCGCAACAACACCCUCAGUUACUGCAUUUACUCGAUUCGAAUGGAUCGAUUGUAGCAAUGGCAAGUGUACCAAGUAAUGUACAAUACUGUCGUGUCUCCUCAGACUGCAUUUGUGAUAUCCAGCAACAACAUGCACCCAGUGCGUCUACAAUCAAUCACUACGAUAAUGUUGAUCGCAGUAAUAAUAAUAGUAAUAAUAAUCCAAUUAUCAAUGCUAACAACACUAAUAGUAAUAAUCAGCCUCAGCUCAUUUCGAUAUCCCAUCCGACAACAUCUCCGUUACAUAAUGAACCAACGUUUAGCUUUGCACAGCUUGGUUCUGGUGGACAGUUCACAUUGGUUCAAGCCACUUCGUCAAAUGACUCAAAUUCGCAUGCAAAUGCAGCAAUGAGUACUGCACCAAAUAAAACCUCAAGUGGCUCAUGCCCAGUCUCAUCCGCAACAACACCAAUAAUCGACGAUAAUAACGUCCAACAACAAUGUCUCAUAACGAAUCUACCGAACGGCACUUCACCAGAUUUGCUAACUCCUAAUCAACCACAACAACAGCAGUCAUCUUCGAAUCAGUCAUUACGUACCACAUCCUGCUGUAGUCUAUCCUCUUCGUCAUCAUCCAUCAUUACACCUCUUCAGUCGCAACACUCCCAAUUAACCACUCAUUUCCACAAUAACAAUAAUAAUAGCGCAUCGCUACCAAUGAGUGCCCAAAAUUCUACACAACUGAUACCAACCCAAACAGUUCAAAUUCUUACUCAACCUCUGCAGCUUUCUUCAUCUGGACAAUUAAUUGCAAACGCGCAUAUAGCAUCCAAUUCAUCAUCUCCUCCAUCAAGAACAUGUUUCAUUACUCAUCCAAACAAUGGCAGUAGUAAUAGUUUGAAUAAUAAUAAUAAUAGUAAUAAUAAUAAUAACAAUUGUAAUAGUAUUAAUAAUGGUAAUAGUGAUAAUAAUAUUGAUUCAUUACAAUAUUUGACAACACAGUAUGUGGUCAGCUCUAAAGCACAAUUACAGCAGCCACAACAACAGGAAGAUGUGAUCCAAGUUGGGGCAGCAACAACAAUGACAGGAGCAAUGGCUCAGUGUGCUCAAUGUUCACCAAUGCAUGCUGCAGUCCCUCCUCCAUCCGGGUCUUCUCCAGUCAUCGGUGAUUCUGCACUGGGCAGCUCACCGAAUUUGCCUUCACCUCCAGCUAAAAUCGAUUCAUCAUCAACAUUAUCUUCAUCAUCUUCAUCAACAACGUCAUCAUCAAAUCACUCUCAAGCAAUUCAUCCUAUGCUUAUCGAUCCGAAUGACACUAAUGCAUUAUUAUCUGCAACAACACUUUCAAUACACGAGGAAAUGUUACGUUUCCAACAGCGCAAGAUUGAAGAAUUGCAAAAGGAAUUACACCGUUCACAACAACAACUAAAACAUCAGCAACAAGUGAUUUUAGCUGCGAAGAGAGCUCAGCAGAGCAAACGGCAAGAAUGUGCGCAGCAGAAAGAUGACAGUCAACAGUCACAAGCAGAUGUUUGGUUGAAUCAACUUGACAUACGACAUCUCAACAAAUUUCAUAUUCAGUUGUUUCUUCAGCAUAAACUUCAACAACAACAGAUGCAGGAAUAUGUGGUGGAACAACAGAAACUGACGACCACCGAACAAAAGCUUCAGGAAGAACUGCAUGUAGAGCAGGCAGUUCAAGAUAUUGUAAGGUUGAUCAAACAAGAUGCACGAACUGCACUCCUUAUCGUACAGCUGCUUAGAAGAUACCAAUUGGAGAGAGGGCGACAGACAUCCAACGGUACAGCAAUAGUGGUAUCAAAUGGAGAGUGUGUGAAUGUGACGUCGAAUGAAGCGACUGAGGAUGUGAUUAAUCAGCAACAACAGCAACAACAACAACAACAGCAGCAAAUAAUGACUUGUUGUAAUACAGCUGAGUUGCAAAACAGGUGUGAAAAUGAUCAACUUGUAUUGAACGAAGAUGCAACCGCAAGUGAUGCGAACUCCAUAAAACAACAUUCCUCAUCCAUUGAUAUCAGUAAUGACGUCGACGAAGACACGAAUAAUGCCACUUUCUCAAGUGGUCAACUGAAACCAAAAAACAAAAAGAAGACCGUCACCAGUCGAAGUGCCGCGUCAAAAGUGGAUUCAUCAUGCGAAUGUAAAGAGAAUGAAACAUCAAGUGCCCCAGUUGAUAUGGAAGAGAUAUUUCGAAAAGUGUUGGAAGAUGCUUCUCGUGCUUUAUUAUUGAGUGAUACUACUGCUGCUGCAGAAAAGAAGUCGGAUGAAGACGUUGAGACAGUAGGAUGUAGUGCUUCAGAAGAGAUUACCGCCGAUAUGUAUAGUACACAUGAGAACACCUCACAGUGCCAAUCGAAUGAACCUGAAUCUCAACAGCAGCAAGUGCUCUUCAGUGAUGCAACUGCUUGUCAAUCUACUACUGAAAUGUGUGGUAAUGGAUUGGAGAAUGGUGCCCAUUAUACAGAUCCCUUCAUUCCGACAGCGCAAAGUUGUUCGUCAGCAUUCUUUGUAAAUGAUCAUCAAGUGGUACAUCCGGGGGGAGGAGAAUGCACGACGACAAAUGUGGAUGAAUAUGAGGAACGAGUGGAGGUGCUUGAGGAAGGGGCUGUGGUGACGGUAGUGACAGACGGUAACACUAACGCUCAAUGUCCAGUGCAGUAUUCCAAAAACCAGGCAUUCGAUGAUCUCAUGGACGUUUUACGUGACGAUCAAGCGACAACAGCGGAUGGAAGAUGUGUGGAAGGAAAUGAUUUUGGGUUGAGUACGGAAUGUGAUGAAUCGAAUGAAUUGACAACACUAUUGGAUGGAGAAUGGUUUGAUAAUGAUAAUAUGCAACACGCGCAAUCGAAUCGUUCGUAUGAUGAGACAUGCAUUCAGUAUGCUCAUGAUGAGGUUAAUCAGUUGAAUGAUGACAUGGAUAGUCGUGAUAGUGCUGAGCACAGCGACUCGAUGAUGGGCUGUUGUUUCGAAUCGAACCAACUCACUGAUCAGUCAAUGAAUAUGGAAUGGUUGGAUAUGAUGUUACCAUCACCAACGGAUGACACAAUGGGUAUCAUUCAACCGUUAUGUAACCAAAUGAUUACUGAUACUGAUAUCAUUGGUUAG